CACCUGUAACAAAAAAAACAAACCACACCCUUUAAAUACAUUCUCCUAAGCUAUAUCCUCAUUUGUAACAUUCUUCUUCUUCUUCUUGUUCAUGCGAUGGCCCAACAAAAAAGGCUAAGAACACUCACAAACACUCUCAAAGACAAAGCUUCAUUAAUCGUCGCAUCACUCUCCAUCAAACGCAAUAUCUCCACCGUUCAAAUCAACAUCCUCCGUGCCACAACCCACAACCUCUCCUCUCCACCGUCUGAGUCACAAAUCUCCGCCGUUCUCUCCAUCACCAACACCUCUCACAUACUCCCACGCACCUGCAUCAUCUCCCUCAUGGACCGUCUUCACGGAACAAAAAGCGCUACAGUUGCAAUGAAAUGUUUAUUCACUCUUCAUAACAUCACUGUUCAAGGAUCAUUCACUCUUAAAGAUCAACUUUCUUGUUAUCCUUCUUAUGGUGGUCAUAAUUUUCUUAACCUUUCAACUUUUCGUGAUGAUUUGGAUUUUGAAUCCUUGCAGCUUAGUUCUUGGGUUCGUUGGUAUGCUGCUGUUCUUGAACAACUUUUAACUGUUUCAAGAAUUUUAGGUUAUUAUCUAAAUUCUAAUAACAAUUUGUCAAAAAAAGAUUCUUUGAUUUUGAACGCAUCGAAUGCUGAUUUGUUGUAUAAACUAGAAUGUUUGGUUGUUUUCGUCGAGCAAAUUAGUGGUGUACCGGAAUCUUUGGAACUUCAGAAGACUGAGCUGGUUUAUGAAAUUGUGAGAAUGAUUGGUGAAGAUUAUAGAAACGUGCAAGGUGAGAUUUUGUUGAGAUUGGAGGAACUUGGUAAGAGAAUGGAGGAUUUGGAUAUUGGUGAGUUGAAUGAGUUAUUGAACUAUUUGAAGAGAUUGGAAGAAAGCAAAGAAAAUUUGGUGCUUUUGUUUGUGAAUAGAAGAAAAAAUAAUAGGUUUUGGGAAAUGAUAAAAGAGAUAAAGAUUAGAGGGUUGGAGAAGAAAGAAGAGAUUGAAGGGAAUUGGCUUAUGGUGGUGGUGAAUAGUAAUACGGUGGCGGCUGAGUUGACUCGGUCGACGAACCCGUUUCUUGAACCAGGACAAUAUUUUUCGGUCCCACAGCAACGGUAAGAUGACAUAUGGCAACGGUCAUUUUGCUUUUUGUCUGCAAAAAAAAAAAUCAACAAAGUUGAGUUGGCCAUUAUUUUUUUUUUUAUUUUUUAUUUUAUUUUUAUACUUUCGUAUUCUUUUUUAAUAUUUUUUCACUUUUUUUUCUGGAAUCUGUACCUUCCAGUUGGAGGUGCACCUUUUUGUUGAUAUUUUUGGAGUGGGGUUUCAUGUCUGCUGUUGUGUGCAUAAUUAAAGUAGAAAACAGAGAUUUGAUUGGCAAAAUCAAAAAAGAAAAAAGAGAUUUAUAAGAGUUUUGACUUUUGUAUACUAUGUUGUCCUAUACCAGUACCUUAACUGUGGCAUUUAGUAUACACAAGUUAAUGAAUUUGUGUAUCAUACACAAAUAUGAUUUUUACCAUUGAUAUAAUAUUAAACAAUUCAAUGGUCAA